AUGCAUCGCAUUCUUCUACAGAACGCCACCAUCCUUGUUCCGUCGGGAAAGGCUGAUGACUAUGUGGUACCGUUACGGCAACACUCAUUAUUGAUCGAGGACAACAAGAUCGUUCAAAUUGCCCCUCAGAUCGCCCCUCAUGAUGGUGCCCAAGUAAUUGACUGUACGGAUAAGAUCGUUUCGCCUGGGUUCAUUGAUACACAUCACCAUCUGUGGCAGACACAACUUAAAGGUCGUCACGCCGACCAAACUCUGGUCGAGUACUUUCCAAAUGGAAACAAUCAAUCUGUCAACUAUCGCCCACAAGACGUUUUCUGGGGCGUACUCGGUGGUUGCCUCGAAGCGUUGGAUGCUGGGACGACGACCGUGGUCGACCAUGCUCAUGUGAAUGUGUCACCCGCACACUCUUCGAAUGAUAUUGAGGCGACUAUUGCCUCUGGUAUUCGAUCCAUCUUUUGCUAUGCACCUACUAUGAGAGUCAAGACGUGGAAGCCAGAGAUAACAUACGAGGGGGGUUUAUUGGAUGACUGGGUUAUUGAAAAUUUUGAGAGGCUUGGUGUUCUAGCUCCAUUUGGCAAUGGCCGGGUUCAGCUUGGUCUAGCAUUUGAUGGAUUUAUGCUACCAAAGGAACAGGUCAUUUCACUCUAUGAGCGAGCGCGCAAACUGGGAGCUCAAGUUAUUACGUCGCACUAUGUGCGAUCUUAUUUCGGAGACAAGUCGCUUGUGGACAGGCUUGAGGAAUAUGGUCUUCUCAAUUCAGACGUCCUUCUUUCCCACGCUAGCAAUCUUACGACAAGUGACAUUGAGAAGCUUAACAAAGUCAAGACUGCCAUAUCUACAACCCCAGACACCGAGCUUCAAAUGGGACAUGGUGAUAUUGUCUGUUUCAGAGAAGGUUGCUUUGGAAUCAGCUCGUUGGGCAUUGACUGCCACAGCGUCAACUCUGGGGAUAUGAUGUCACAGAUGAAACUCGCUUUACAGCAUGAACGGGGCACUCGCAAUGUCAAGCUCAUUGCCCAAGGAAAGACCACUUUAUCGUUGAACUUAUUCGUGCAAGACGUCUUCAGCCUGGGUACCAUCAAGGGCGCCCGAGCUAUUCGCAUGGAAGACCAAUUGGGAUCCAUUGAGGUCGGCAAACUCGCAGACUUAAUUAUCUUUGACGGCACCAGCCCUGGAAUUAUUUGUGCAUCCGAACAGGAUCCCGUUGCAGCCGUCGUUCUUCACUCUUCAGUCCGGGACAUCGAUACAGUGAUUGUCGAUGGGGUGAUUCGCAAGCAGAACGGAAAACUGCUACCCAUAGUCAUCAAUCCUUCCCUCCCUGGUGUGACUAUUCCGCGGCAAACAGUUGGAUGGAGUCAAGUUGCCAGAGAGCUAAUUUCAAGCCGACAGAAUAUCAAUAAAGCUCUCAAGGAGUCAGACGCCGAUGAUCCUGAGGCCUUGGUCCAGAAUUUUAUGAAGGUGAUGCAUUCAAGAGGGGACAAGUUUAUCAAGAUGUAA